AUGCUGUACACCAUCAAAGCUAUGCGUAUCGAGCCUGUGACAUGCAACAACGAAGCCAACAAGACAAAGCGAAAGGCGUUUGUGGACACCCUUUUGCAACAUCAACAAUGCGGAGACUACAUUGCAUACUACGACGAAACCAACUACAACAUCUACUGCCAUCGCACCCUCGGGCGUGCAAAGAAAGGCCAAUGA